AUGACGCUGAAGCAGUUCAGCGAGGACUACAGAAGCGAGAUCAGCGCGGAGCUUCUGAAAGACGUCGAAGCUCGUCUCCGCGCGGCGACGGCGGCGGCGGCGGCGGCGGCGGCGGCGGCGGGAAAGGAGAACGCCCCCGCGCCGGCGCCGACGCGGAAGCGCGGCCGCCCGACGAACGCGUCCAUCGCCGCGGCGAAGGCGGCGAAGAAAGAAGCCGCGGAGAAGGAGAGAGAGAGAGAGAGACAGAUAGAGGAGGCGGCGAACCAGGAGCUGAGCCCGAACGUUUCCACGCGAGGAGGCGAGAUGCCGCCGCCGCCGCCGAUGUUCGCCGCGCCGUACUCCGGCGGCGCGUCCGACGCCGCGCGCAAGACCGCGCGGACCGCCGCAGCGGCCAUCGCCGCGGGCACGGGGACCUUGCUCGCGGCGACGCCGGACCGCGCGAAGAGGCGGGGGGCGUUCGCGAACGCCGCCGCCGACGGCGGCUCAUCAUUCGCGGUGCCGUGUACUCCCGUCGACGGACGCGGCGGCGGCGCCGCGGUCGCGGCGCCGCAGAUGCCGCGAAUGUCCGUCGCGAAGACGCCCGCGACGCUCCGCCGCGCGCGCAAGGGCGAGGUGUUGUACUCCGCGAACGGCUCGCCGCUCGGCGCCGCGGACGACGGCGAAGGCUCGGACGACGACGGCGCCGGCGCCGGCGCCGACGCGUCGAAACGCGCGCUCGCCUCCGCCGUGAAGCGCGUCCGGUUUAGCACCGGCGGCGACGGCGGCGGCGGCGGCGGCGACGGCGACGGCGGCGGCGCGGGCGCGGCGCACGGGAGGAAGGCGUCCAUCGUCGCGAUGAGAGGAGCAUCGGAAGGCGGCGAGAGGAGCGCGCUCGUCGUCACCACGGACGACGGGACGGAGAUUGACCUGGGCGCCGUGGACGCGUCCAACGGGGGGGAAACCGUCGACGCCGCCGUCGGGGCGCUGCAGAGUUUGCAAGCGCAGGUCGCGGCCGCGAUGGCGCGGCUCACGGGGAAGUGA